AUGUCGCCAGUUCCUGCAGACCUCGCCACGCUUCUCCCCGGAAAGGUUAUCAUCCCCUCGGACGAAGCCUACAGCACCCUAACAGGCUCGUACUUUGCGCAACAGAGCCGCCUACAUCCAGCCUGCUACGUCCUCCCCACCUCCGCCGAGGAUGUAUCCAUCUCCGUCCAAAAGCCAGCCAAGACUCCCGAUGCGGCCUUUGCCAUCCGCGGAGGCGGCCGCUCGUGGAACCCCGGUGCAGCCAACAUCGACGGCGGGGUCACGAUUGACAUGCGGAACCUCAACCUGGUCAGCGUCGAUGAGGAGACGUCAAUUGUGUCGAUUGGCGGUGGAGCCUGCUUCGGCGAUGUACAUGCUGUUCUUGGCCCAAAGGGGCUCGCUAUCGUCGGCGGGUUCCUUACCGGUAGAGGCAUCUCCAUGUUCUCGGAAGAGCGCGGCUUCGCGUGCGACAGCGUGAUCAACAUGCAGGUGGUGUUGGCCUCCGGCGCAAUCGUCAACGCCAACGCGACAGAAAACAGCGAGCUCUUUAUCGCGCUCAAGGGCGGCCAGAGCAACUUCGGCGUCGUCACGCAGUUUGACGUCCGCUCCUUCGCCCAGGGGUCCUUCUGUGGUGGCGUGGUGCAAUAUCCCUCCUCGGCCAAUGACGAACAGCUUGCGGCGUACGAGGCCGUCAUGGGCGCGGAGACGCGAGACCCGCAUGUUGCGGUUGAGCAGAGCUUUUUGUUCCAAUCUGGGUCUGAUGAGCACGAGGCUGCACAUGAGUAUAGCUGCAACCUCGUGUACUACACAAAGCCCGUCGUGGACGCGCCUGCACUGCGGCCGUUCACGCAGAUCCAGCCGCAGGAGCAUAGCACGAUGCGCUUGGGGGCGCUGGAAGAGAUUACGGGGGAGUUGACCAGGUAUCAGCCUGCUGAUAAGUGCCUCAACUUUGUCACGACAACAUUCCGCCUCGCUCCAGGGGCCGGCAUGUCCAGCAAAAUCCUCUCAAUUUGGCGCGAUUACAGUAAAAGUCCACUCCGACCUACCGGGCGUCGACCUCCUAAGCUCGCGGACCUUCCAGCCUCUCCCGCCGCAAUCAAGCACUCCAACCUCCGCCAACAGUCUCGGCUUCCCUCCAGACAGCCACAAAGAGACAGCCCACGUGCUGCUUCUCUUAGCAAACUACUAGUCCUCGCCCAAGCACACGUCGGCCAUCGAGCGUGCGGCACAGGACGCGAUCACCGCCGUCAAUGA